UUUUUUUAACUGUUACUUUCGAGUUCAGCUUUUUGUCUCCCUCCUUUAUUUCUGUAGAGAGGGGAACCUAUUUAUUCAUUUUCCUCCGAUCUUUGACCCUAUUUGUACAAGUUUUGUUUUGUAUUUGUGUCGCUAUUUAUAUUUUUAUUUUCCAAAUACAAUGAAUACAUACACCCAGGAAAGCUCACUCUCAUCUCCCCGCAAAGUGAAGGGUCAGAUUCAGAUCAUCUUCGGACCAAUGUUCUCGGGGAAAAGCACAGAGCUGAUGCGUCGGGUGAGAAGGUUUAGGAUUGCUCAUUACCACUGUCUUGUGGUAAAGUAUGCAAAGGACACUCGGUACAGUAAGGAAGACCUGGCUACACAUGACAGGUUUACAAUGCAGGCAGUUCCUGCGACAAAACUGAGUGAGGUUUCUCAAGAAGCGUUGAAAUCUGCAGUCAUUGGAAUUGAUGAAGGACAGUUUUUUCCAGACUGUGUUGAAUUUGCUGAGGAAAUGGCUAACAGAGGAAAAACUGUGAUUGUGGCCGCCCUGGACGGAACUUUCCAAAGAAAAGCUUUUGGCAACAUUCUGAAUCUAGUUCCCUUGGCCGAGAGUGUAGUGAAACUGAGUGCCGUGUGCAUGGAGUGCUACGGGGAGGCUGCCUAUACCAAGAGGCUGGGGACUGAAAAAGAGGUUGAAGUGAUUGGCGGAACAGACAUGUACCGAGCGACCUGUAGGCCCUGCUACUUUGCGAAAGUUAGCCUGUCGGGCAUGGAGAGCGACAAGGAGAACACCAGUCAAGAGGAAACUCAUCAACACGUAGCUUCAAAACACCUCUCUUCCACCCAACAAUGCAAAUCACCAAGAAAACUCUUUGAAAACCUACUGGUCUAACUUCUGAAGUUAAUCCUCCUUCCCCUACCACCAACAUCCCCCUCCCAACUUUUUCUCCUCUUCUUUUUAAAGUGUUGACCUAUGUUGGAUGUGGCUCCUCAGCCCUGGCCAACUCUUCAGUACUUAAGCCCCAAGCACUGAUUCUUGUGCAAUUCUGGGCACUGUUAAGAGACAUCACAAUCGAGGCUAAUUCUGCUUUGUUCCCUUCUUCCACACUUGCACUUUCAGUUGGAGACUGGAUGAAUCCUGAGGAGUGUCCACAAUGUUAUAGGGAUUGUUUAAAAAAAACAAUAUUGCAUCUUUUUUCUUGCCUGCAAACUGCUGUGUGCUUAUUUAUACUAACUGCACUAUCUUAACAUAUGCAAAAAGCCAUUUUGUAUCACUUCAGUUGCAGUUUAACUAUGGCAGAGGUACUGGCUCUGUUCUCUUAUGCCUUGCUUGUUCUCCAUGUGAGUCCAGGCAGUUGCCAGCUCCCAAACUAAAUUAACCUUUCACCUGCUACCCAUGAUGGACACAUCUUCCAGCAGUCACUAGAUGAUGAACAGAACCUGUGAAAAUAUCCCCACCCCAAUCAUCUCCCAAAGGUGUGCUGCAGCAGUAUAGCUAAUGUUUAGCUUUUUAAAAAAUUAUAGAUGUGCACAUUAUUUUUUUAAAUAUCUUUGUAGUUGCUCUGUCUAGUUUAUUAAAGUGGCCACACAGGAAAUUUGCUGCACAGAUCAGAGGCCACAGUCAUCAAUAAUUACUGGCUCUGAAACAGAAAGAUCUUCCAGUCCCAGGUGUGUUCUUUAGUUAGUAUUCCAAUGCAGGUUAGUGUGACAGGAUUAUUUUGAUGUUGUUGGCAAUGAUGACCUUUGCAGCCAUCUGACACUGGAGAGCAGGGCUGUCAUUAACUGCUGUGUAGAAUAUUAGCAGAUGGAAAAAAAACUUGUUUUUUUUAUUAACCACCAUGUUUAUUUAACUGAGAAAUCAUUACUGUAACUACGUAGAAAAAGUUUGGUAUUAUGGACUAAAAGUUUGAUGGUCAUGGCUCCAAAAGUCAUGCAUUUUAAAAUGUAACUUUACUGCUAUGUAUAUGUGAUCAGAGCUGAUGUAUUGAUGGUAAUAUUUUGCUGGUGCUCUGAAUACUCAGUAACUGCGAAUGCUCAGAAUAUACCCUCUAUUUUAGCACUGCCACUUCAAUCUAGACCAUUACUCUUAGCAUCAGUAUAAUUUAAGGUAUAUCUGAGGACUUAAUCUCCAAGGUAUUCGUUUCUGUUUCAUGUUUCCUACAUUUUUAAAAAUAAAGUGAAUUGCAUUUG